AUGGCUGUGUCUAACAAGUGGGAGAAUGCUUGUAGAUUAUGUUCAGAAGAGAAGAAUGAAAUGUUAUCAAUUUUUGGUAAUGAAGGUGUACAACGUAAAGUAGCACAAAAAUUACGUGCUUGUUUGCCAGUCUUAGUAUACAAAACCGAUCCACUGCCAAAGCAAAUAUGUCAGUUCUGUGCCGCAAGGCUGGAUGAUGUUUAUGAGUUCAGAGAAUAUUGUUUGAGUGUUUACAAAAGUAUGUAUUUGAAAUUAUUAGCAUAUAAGGAUAUUGAAUCUGUUCAAAUUUAUUUAGAAGCAAUGAAAAAUUCUCCUGAUCCUUGUCAGGCUCAAUUAUGGAGAGAAAAGGCUAGAGCACCACCACCUUUGGUACCUUUGCCAGUUUCACUGCCAAUUGAAAGUCCAUCAAUGUCAAUAGAUAUUAAUCAAGAGCAUCAAAAUAGUUGCAUAGAAUCAUUACCUGAAUUACCAUGUGAAGUAGAGAUUAAAGAAAUGACUACAGAAUCAAUAGAAACAGAUAUCAGUACAUAUGAAUCAUCACAUAAAAACUGUAUAGAAAAUGAGUUAUAUGAUAAAUUAAAUAUAAUAGUAAAUCAUAAUACAAGUUUAUUAAAAAAUGAAAAUAAUGUCUCAAGACAAAAAAUAAAGGAGGAAGAAAAAAGAACUAGUAUUUUAGAACAAGUACUGACAGGUAGUUUAACAAUGAAUGACAGAAAAGAUUUAAACUCAGAAACAAAAUUAUCUUCUAAAUGGUGGUGUACUCCUUGUAAUAGUUACUAUAAAACAAAGGAAAGCUUAAUGAAACAUAUGCAGUUACACUGUCCAAGAAAAUAUAACUGUAGAAAAUGUUCUGCUUGCUUUGAAUUGGUAGAAGACUUAGCUAAACAUGAAGCUACUAAUCACUUGAAAGUAACAUUAGACUUUGAUAGAAGUGUUAUAGAUUGUGAUCAAUGUGAUAGACAAUUUGUGAGCUGGGAAAUGUUAAAGAAACACAGAUUACGUGAUCAUUUAACUCAAAUAAAUGAAAUUGGGACCAAUACAUGGUGCUCCUUAUGUAAUAGAUUUUUCCCAAGUACAGAAGCCUAUCAAAGUCACAUUCAAUUGCAUGAAGUCAGUAAUUCAACAAAAAUAUUGCAAUUAACAAAUCAGCAAUCAAUGAAAAUUCUCAAAAACGAAGAAUCUUCAAAAGAAAUGAAAAAAGAACAUUUUACAGAUACCACUAAAUCACUUACAUGUCCUACUUGUGGAAAAAUUUGUACUCAACAAAGUGCAUUAUCAAAUCACAUGCGUACUCACGAACCAAAAAGACAUAAAUGUGAUAUAUGCGGUCGAUCUUUUGGACUUUUUAUACGUUUAGCAGCACAUAGAAUGAGCGAACAUAGUCAAGAACCCACAGUAUCACUUGUAAUGACCAGUGUUGAACAAGAAGAAGCAUUAAAUGCUGAAAGGGAAGCUAAAGAAGCGAAAGAAGCCAGAACUCGUGCAAAAACUAGAACAUAUUCAGAGAUGAUGGAAGAUAUUCCUAAUCAUGAAGAUUUACCAUCGAAAAGAAAUGUUCCAUUAAAUACUAAUGCAUUUAAAAAUGUUGCAAGAUGUGGUAUAUGUUUACAAUGGUUCAGUGAUCAUACUACAAUGUUAACGCAUUUACGAACACAUUCAGAUAAUUAUACUUGUAAAAAUUUCACUUGUCACAUAUGUAAAAAAUCUUUCAAAGAAAAAUGGCAACUAUUUAGACAUGAGGUAUCUCAUAAACGAAAUGAAUCGACAUCAAUGUACAUAUGCACAGUAUGUAACAAAUCAUUUGUAGACAAAAAUAUAUAUAAAACGCAUCAAAAAUCUCACAUUAUUGAUAAAACAUAUCAUUGUUCAAAAUGUAAUAAAAUAUUUUUCAAAGAAGUAUCUCUAUUAACACAUCAAUGUUCGGCAGAAACUGUGCUCAGUAAGAAAGGUGUUUCCUCAAAGACUUCACAAAAAUCUAUGUCAGUUAGUAACAGCAAAAAAUAUAAAUGUUCCAAGUGUAAUGCCUCUUUCAGUAGUUUUCAAUCUAAAAACUCUCAUAUGAGAAUACACAUGGAAAGUUCAUAUACAAUGGUGCGAAAACAAGAUUUAAAGAAAGAGUCAAAAGAAGAAGAAAAAGAAGAAGAAGAAGAAGAAGCUAUGCCAAAAUUAAUUCCUGAAACGUCAUUGGAAUAUUCCAUAUCUCCUAUUGAACCGAAAAUAGAAAUAAAUGAAGAAAGUGCACCACCUCCGAUUAAACGAACCUUAAUCAAGACAAUGGGCGGGUAUCGAUGUGGAGUGUGUCAAUCUCCAUUUGUUUUAAGAGAAUUAGCUGUUGCACAUUUAAGAUCUGCACAUCCUCUGAUGCCAUAUCAAUGUCCUUAUUGUAAAAAACGAUUUACUACGCAAUAUACAUUCACGCAUCAUAUUAAAACAGAUCAUCCUGACGAACACGAGAAUUGAAUUGUACAAGUUAAAAUGCCAAAUGGUUAUUAUACCAUAAAAUAAUGCCUUUGAGAAGGGAGACUGGAUUAGAACUAGUACUUAUACUGAACGUGCCUAUUUAAGUACUGUAUUAUGAAUUUUUAGUCAAAUUGAUUUAUAAAUGCCGAAGAAAUAUAUUAUCAAAUUAGAUAUUGUAUAUAUUGUUCAUUAGUGACAGUUUCACAAAGUUGUAUAAAAAUGUUAUCUUCUUUAUAUAAUUUGUUAGCAUUGACAGACAUUCCUUUUUUUUCUUUUUUUUUUUAAAUAAGAAAAUUUUUGAAAUUCUAA